AUGCGCCAAGCUAUGCGCAUUCCGCCUCUCUCGCGGCCAGCAAUGCGCUCAGCGGAUUUCUCACCGCUGGGCGCAUUGCGCCUCUCUCGCGGCCACCAAUGCGCUCAGCGGAUUGCUCACCGCUGGGCGCAUUGCGCCUCUCUCGCGGCCAGCAAUGCGCUCAGCGGAUUGCUCACCGCUGGGCGCAUUGCGCCUCUCUCGCGGCCACCAAUGCGCUCAGCGGAUUGCUCACCGCUGGGCGCAUUGCGCCUCUCUCGCGGCCAGCAAUGCGCUCAGCAGAUUGCUCACCGCUGGGCGCAUUGCGCCUCUCUCGCGGCCAGCAAUGCGCUCAGCGGAUCGCUCACCGCUAGCAAUGCGCUCAGCGGAUCGCUCACCGCUGGGCGCAUUGCGCCUCUCUCGCGGCCAGCAAUGCGCUCAGCGGAUUGCUCACCGUUGGGCGCAUUGCGCCUCUCUCGCCCUGGCAAUGCGCUCAGCGGAUUGCUCACUGCUGGGCGCAUUGCGCCUCUCUCGCGGCCAGCAAUGCGCUCAGCGGAUUGCUCACCGCUUGGCGCAUAA